AUGAAAAAUAUGGUUCGACUGUUGUUGCCCCUGCUCGGAGCUUUGGCAGGUAGUUUUUGCGCCCGUUUUCUAGGAUCAGAAGGAAGCGCUAUAAUGACCACUACGCGCGUUUCAUUCUCUUCGAUCUUAGUCGUAAGCUUCCUAUUUUGCUUUCAUUUUCAUUCCUUUCGUUUGAAAGGGCCGCAGAAAAAGAUUAUCUAUCUCUUUUUGGUCUUUUCCAUGGGGUUCGUGGGAUCUUUGAUCCGGAUCGAAGUCAUCCACCUAGUGGGGGGUCUGGCUUUGCCCGUGUUGGGACCUUUGGUCUUGAAUGCAAUAGGGGGGCAAGCACUUCCUUCUACCGGCCCUUCCGGGUCGGGCAGUUCUUCCAUGUGGGAGGAAGAUUCCUUUGAACUGGGAGUUCUCGAGGAAUCCGACUCCCCCCCGGCAGGGGGGUCCCGAACGGAAGAGGGGGAACCCUCGGUAAAUCAGGGCAGUCCCCUCCCGUCCCAAACAGAAGAGGGGGAACCCUCGGUAAAUCAAGUGCCCCAGGAAGCUGGGCCUGCGCUUCCAGCUAAUCCAGUCCCUCCCGGGGGGGAGGAAGCUGGGCCAGUAGUCCCCUAUCCAUACAGGAGGGAUGAAAUGAUUGGGGGGGAUAGCGUAGAGGCGAUAGAACGCCGCCUUCUGGCGAAAUACCCCGAAGGCUCUCCCUCUGCGGAGAUCAUAGAGAUGGCCCGAAUAGAGGCCGAAGAUCUAUUCGAGAUCAAAGCCCAAAUCAUCCAACGGAUGGCUCUAUAUGACCCAACCGGCGAUUGGAUGGCGCGUGGGGCUCGGGCCCUCGAUAAUCCGAGGACCACUAGUGGGGAAGAGUCCUUGGAGCGUCUUUAUGAUAUAUGGAAGGACCUCCAAGAAACCGGGCCCCUCUCGGACGAGUUUUCUCGUUUACAAGAGAAAGUAUUCCUCAAGAAAGGCGGCCCUGGGGGGGACCCUAUCGCAUAA